AGCUGCAGCAGCAACACGUCGGGUGCCAGGUCUUCCCGGAGCGGUUGGCUCAGGGGAAGCCACAGCAAGGGUUCCUCUCCAGCUUCUUCACCAACAACCAGAAGUGCCAGCUUAUGCUCUUGCAGACGUUGGAGACAAGUAAAUUAUGCAGUAAUAUGAGGAAUUGAGAGUCCAGGUGAAGCAGAGUUUUAAAGAACCAUGUUAAUUAAGGCAUACCUGCUGAAACUGCACAACUCAGAUGGGAUUUGAACCCCGCCAAAACUCAGCUUGGGACUUGAACCCGCAGGCUGGGACUCGAACCCACUGCCUUUUAAUUGAAAUUGCACUCCUGGUCUCAGGACUUAAUGAAGCUCAGGUUCUUUAUGUCUCACUGCAGAAGCAAUUCGGCGAGAGGCAAAGUGAUAGGACCUGCCCACGGAAGGGGAGAGGCAGCACGUCAAAAGGAUGGCCUCUGGAGUGUGGAGUUCCGGAGUUUGGAGAUCCAUAUGUUAAACUGCUGCUUGAUGCCAUGAAGCAUUCGGGUUGCGCUGUUAACAGAGAAAGACACUUUUCUUGUGAAGAUUGUAAUGGAAAUGUCAGUGGAGGUUUUGAUGCUUCAGUGUCUCAGAUUGUUUUGUGCCAGAAUAAUAUCUGUAAUCAGGCGCAUAUGAACAGAGUGGUCACCCAUGAGCUCAUUCACGCAUUCGAUCAUUGUCGAGCUCAUGUCGACUGGUUCACCAACGUCAGGCACUUGGCUUGCUCUGAGGUUCGAGCUGCUAACCUUAGUGGAGACUGCUCACUUUUAAAUGAAAUAUUCAGGUUACAUUUUGGAUUAAAACGACACCAUCAGACGUGUGUGCGAGACAGAGCCAUUCGUUCUAUCCUGGCUGUUAGGAACAUCAGCAAAGAAGUAGCUCAGAAGGCUGUUGAUGAAGUUUUUGAAUCUUGUUUCAAUGACCAUGAACCUUUUGGAAGGAUCCCUCAUAAUAAGACCUAUGCAAGAUAUGCUCAUAGAGACUUUCAAAACCGGGAUCGGUACUACUCAAACAUAUGACGAUGAUGACAUUUUAUAUGGCAGAGCUUCAGUGAUCAUGAAGAAAGUAUGGUUCCCAAGUGGACAAACAUAAAACGUAAAUGAUCAAUUAAAUACAGAGAAGACACAGAAGAUUCUAGCACAGAAGAUUCUAGCAUCAGAAAAAGUAACUGUGGUAAGAAAUGAAACUGCCUUAAACUCCAAGGCAAAAAUUGUAUCUUUGUAGCUAACCAUUUGGUAAAUAAGGCAAAUAAAUAGCAUUUUUAAAUUUUCUACAAUGUACUUAUUACUUGUGUUUUAUUUUUUAUGAUUGUGAUUUGCUUUUAUUACAUUUUAAAACUUGAUUAUGAAACCUGUGAAGUAUGCCCUUUAUGAUGUGUAUGUCUUCUUUGGAAAAAUGUCUGUUCAAAUCCUCUGCCCAUUUUAAAAUCAGGUUGUUUAUUUUGAUAUUGAGUUGUAUGAGUUCUUUGUAUAUUUUGGAUGGUAACCCCUUAUCAGAUAUUGUUUGCAAAUAUCUUCUCCCAUUCAGUAGGUGGCCUUUU